AUGCGACACGAGGGGAAGGAAAAUUGUAUGGAGGGCUUGGUGUUCGUCCUAACUGGCGUCUAUGAAAGCAUCGAUAGGGAUGAGAUGAAGUCGUUGAUUGAGAAGUACGGUGGGAAGGUGACGACGAAUGUCAGCAGGAACACCAAGUAUCUGGUCGUGGGGAGGGAUGCUGGUGCCUCUAAGCUGUCCAAGGCAACUGAGCUUGGUACGAAACAAAUUGAUGAAGAUGGAUUGCUGGAGCUCAUCGGAAAGUUGCCAGGGAAGAAAUCAAAAUACGAAGUGCAAGCCGAGAAAGAUCUGAAGAAAGAAGCUAUGCAGAGUAAACCCCAAUCAAAGACAUCAUCAUCAGCAUCUGAAAUGACGUCAUCAUCGUCGUCAUCGUCAUCAUUGCCACCAGCCAAGAUACCGACUUCAUCAGGAAUUGUGACAUCAUCAUCAUCUAACUCGUCACAAAAAAUUGCUAGUUUUUCAUCGGCUCUUUCAGCUGCAGCAACUACUACUACUACUACCACCAAUAAUAAUAAUAACAAUAACAAUAAUAAUAAUAACAACAACAACAAUAAAAAUAAUAGUAAUUUAAUGUGGGUUGACAAGUACAAGCCAGCAAGCAUGAAGCAGAUCAUUGGCCAGCAAGGUGACAAGAGCCAGGCUAAGAAACUUCACAUGUGGCUACUUAACUGGCACAAGAAUGCUUCUAAGAAGCCUAUAUUUGGCCGAUCAAACGACGAUGGUGUUGGCUUGAAGGCAGCUCUACUUUCAGGUCCUCCUGGUAUUGGAAAAACCACGACAGCCCAAGUCGUCUGUCAGGAGGCGGGGUUUUCCUACUUCGAGUUGAACGCGUCAGACACCAGAUCAAAAAAAAGUCUCAAAGAGGAAGUUUCAGAGGCCCUCAACAAUCACACCCUUGUCGGGUUUUUCACAAAAUCGUCGUCAUCGUCGUCGCCCUUGAAUGGCAAGAAGCACUGCUUGCUGAUGGAUGAGGUUGACGGGAUGGCUGGCAACGAGGACAGAGGAGGAGUACAGGAGUUAAUCCAGUUAAUCAAGUCCUCCCACAUUCCUAUAAUUUGCAUGUGCAAUGACAGGGCCCAUCCCAAGAUAAGAAGCCUAGUUAACUACUGCUUCGACCUCAGGUUCAUGAGGCCGAGGGUCGAACAGAUUAAGGCCACAAUGAUGUCGAUAGCCUUUAAAGAGGGGUUAAAGAUUCCGCCCCAUGCCCUCAAUGACAUCAUAUCCUCAUCCAAUCAUGAUAUCAGACAGAUACUCCAUAACUUGAACAUGUGGACAGUCAGAGAUAAAUCUCUCUCCUAUGAGCAGUUGAAGGCAGACGCAGGCAGGGCACAUAAGGACAUGCAUUUCAGUCCAUUUGAUGUGUGUCGCAAAGUUUUUUCAAUGGGAGAAGAGACGUCAAAGAUGACCCUCCCAGAUAAGAGUGACCUCUUCUUCCAUGAUUACAACAUUGCACCACUCUUCGUUCAAGAGAAUUAUAUCCAGGUGACGCCUUAUAAGGCUAGAGGCAGUAUGUCGAGGCACUUGAAACUGCUGAGCAAAGCUGCCGACAGCAUCUCGUUUGGCGAUCUGGUGGACGGCUACGUCCGGAAGCAACAACAUUGGUCACUACUUCCGGUUCAGGCUGUGUUUAGUAGCGUUCUUCCUGGCGAGUAUAUGAGAGGUAGCAUUGGAGCUAUGAUACAAUUCCCAUCUUGGUUGGGAAAAAACUCGACGACGAAUAAAGCAGAUAGAUUGCUGCAAGAGUUAACGCUGCAUACAAGCCUGAGCAUAUCAGGUAAUAAGGUAUCAGUGAACUUGGACUACAUACCAGCGCUCAAAUACGUUCUGACCAAACCUCUGAUAUCCGAGAACAACAACAACAACAAUAAUAAUAAUAGCAUAGAAACUGUUGUUAACAUUAUGAAUAGUUACAACCUACUAAGGGAGGACUUCGAUAGUUUAAACGAAUUGUCAACUUGGAAUUUUAAUAAUAAUAAUAAUAAUCCGUUUUGUAAUAUCGAUUCGAAGUUGAAAGCUUCCUUCACAAGGGCAUUCAACAAGCAGAACCACCUUACACCAUAUUCCACCACCACUCUGGUGAAAAAAUCCCGCAAAAAAGCUGCCUCCAGUGAUGAUUAUGAUCUCGAUGGUGAUGCUAAUGACGAUGAGGAUGGGGAUGGAGAUAAUGGAGAAGAUGAUGAUGAUGAUCUGACUGCUGAUUCUAUGAUCAAAGUUAAAAAGCCGUCGACUGCAGCUGUUAGCAGAGGCAAGCAAGCCAACUUGGUGGACACUUUGAAGAAGUUGAAAGUACAAAAAGGAAAGAAAACCUCGAAAUGAAAUAUUUUAUUUGAUCAAAUCAUCGAAUAAUUAACUUAAUUAAGUAAUUAAUUAAGUAAUACUUGGUAGAUACUAUUCAAGUUUGCGAUUUUAAUUAAUUUCAUAAACGUCAUCUCAUCUUUUUGCUUACUGCGUGUUUAUUGCUUCAGGCUACUUGGCUCCUUACUAAAAGAAAUGUGAAAAUGUGUUAUUUA